AUUUUGGCUUCCCUCAGCGGAAGUUGUUGUGUUCUUGUGUAACUUGAAACGGUUUCGGUGAUUGUUGAGAAACUACAGAAACUAACGGAUGUUUUAACGUACCCCGUGUCUCUGUGGAGCCUCGGUUCGACCUCUUUUAAAGGAACUACUUUAUCUUCCGCUGCAGAUUGAAGGGAAACGGCGGAUUUAUCAACUCCGGGAAGGUUUUUGUUCGGCCGCUGAGAGGCGGAAGUUCCGGUCAAAGGUCCCAGAACCGGAACAUCAACACAGCAGCAAAGAAAAGCAGAAGACGGUUACCCGCCUCCGGUGUCAGGUCUUCCAGCUUGCGGUUACCCUCCUCCGGUAACCGGUACUCUCCUCCCCGCUCCGCUCCGACAUGCUCUCCGUGCUCUUACCGGGGGCUCUCUGCCUGCUCCUCGGCCGCCUCUCCGGCUCUUCACCGGCAGACAUUCCGCACAUCGCGGCGUACUUCGGCACCAAGACCCGGUACGAGGACGUGAACCCGCGGCUGCUGCAAGACGUUCUGUCCGUGAACAUGUCGGUCCUGAUGCCGCCGCCCACCGAGCGCUGCUCCCCGGUCCACCUCACCGCCGUCAUCCGCCACGGCAGCCGCUACCCGACCGUCAAGAACAUCCGCAGGAUCCACAGACUGAGCGAGCUGGUCCGGACCGAGGCGGCCAGAGGCUCCGAGGGCUGGCUGCGGGACAUCCAGAGCCGCUGGGAGGCCUGGUACACCGAGGACAUGGACGGUCAGCUGGUGAUGAAGGGCAGGGAGGACCUCCUCCACCUGGCCGUCCGUCUGUCCGUCUUGUUUCCGUCUCUGCUGUCGGAGGAGAACGUGAGGAAGAGGAUGGUGUCCUUCAUCAGCAGCUCCAAGCACCGGUGUGUGAGCAGCGUGGAGGCGUUCCAGGACGGGCUGCGGCGCCGCGGUCGCCACGACGCUCCUCCAGAGUACGACCACCAGCUGGAUGACGAGCUGAUGCGCUUCUUUGAGCGUUGCCGUGGUUACGUGGAGGGCGUGGAGAACAACCGCACGGCGCUGAUGGAGGUGGAGAAGUUCCAACAUGGAGAGGAGAUGGAGGCUGUCCGGAGGAGGAUAGCUGAGAGGCUGGGCCUUCCUCAGCACCGCCUCACACCAGAUCUGGUGGAAGCCGCCUUCUUCCUGUGUUCCUACGAGCUGUCCAUCAGGUCCGUCCAUUCUCCGUGGUGUUUCCUGUUUGACGAGAGCGAUGCUAAGGUUCUGGAGUACCAGUCAGACCUGAAACAGUACUGGAAACGCUCUCAUGGUCAUGUGAUCAGCGGUCUGUCCAGCUGUCCGCUCUUCCAUCACGUCUUCAGGACUCUCGAUAAAGCCGGACGUCCUCGCAGGUCCACCGAUGCGUCUCCGGAGCCGGCCUCCAUCUUGGUGGGUCACGCUGAGACGCUCCUCCCCCUCCUCUCCCUGCUGGGACUCUACAAGGACCAGACUCCGCCCACAGCCAGCAACUACCAAUCACAGCACGGUCGGACAUUCCGGACGAGUCAGAUUGUCCCGUACGCCGCCAACCUGCUAUUCAUACUGUUCGAUUGCCAGCGAGGUCCGCGGCUGCAGCUGCUGGUCAACGAGUCACCGGUUCGAUUCCCGGGGCUGCAGGAUGACGCUCCGCUGUACCGCGACGUCCGGGCUGCCUACCGCCACCUGCUGGACGGCUGCGACUUCCACAGGGAGUGUGAGGGGAGGUCCGGGGGCCGGGGCCCCAACACUGAGCUCUGAGGGCCCCGACCUCUGAGGGCCCCGACCUCUGAGGGCCCCAACACUGAGCUCUGAGGGCCCUGAGCUCUGAAGGCCCCGACCUCUGAGGGCCCCGACCUCUGAGGGCCCCGACCUCUGAGGGCCCCGACCUCUGAGGGCCCCGAGCUCUGAGGACCCCGACCUUCGGACUACCAUGGCCUUAACACACCUGUUGGACCAAGCCCCACCCCCUCACGGCCACUGUCCAAUCACAGUCUGAACUCCAGUGUCUCAUGUUUCAGCUGAAGUCCUGCAGAAACAGAAUUAUGGAAAAUAAUCUAUUUAUAAAACCUAAACCAUCAUGUAUCCUCAGAUGUUCUUCUCUGGACUGAGGUCUCCUCAGAUGUUCUUCUCUGGACUAAAGUCUCCUCAGAUGUUCUUCUCUGGACUGAGGUCUCCUCAGAAUUUCUUCUCUGGACUAAAGUCUCCUCAGAUGUUCUUCUCUGGACUGAGGUCUCCUCAGAUGUUCUUCUCUGGACUAAAGUCUCCUCAGAUGUUCUUCUCUGGACUGAGGUCUCCUCAGAAUUUCUUCUCUGGACUAAAGUCUCCUCAGAUGUUCUUCUCUGGACUGAGGUCUCCUCAGAUGUUCUUCUCUGGACUGAGGUCUCCUCAGAUGUUCUUCUCUGGACUAAAGUCUCCUCAGAUGUUCUUCUCUGGACUGAGGUCUCCUCAGAUGUUCUUCUCUGGACUGAGGUCUCCUCAGAUGUUCUUCUCUGGACUACAGUCUCCUCAGAUGUUCUUCUCUGGACUGAGGUCUCCUCAGAAUUUCUUCUCUGGACUAAAGUCUCCUCAGAUGUUCUUCUCUGGACUGAGGUCUCCUGCAGAUGUUCUUCUCUGGACUGAGGUCUCCUCAGAUGUUCUUCUCUGGACUGAGGUCUUCUCUUCCUGUAGAUGUUUUCUAUCUCCAGUAGCUGUGAUGAGAAUCUUUCUUACAGAAUCGUUUUAUCUUUAGUGGAGUUGAUGAAGUGGUUUCAGGCUCAGGUUUGGUUCCUCAUGGAGGUUUAAAUCUGGAGGUUCUUCUGUUUUGUUUCUGGCGGAUCGUCGUCGUACUGCUGGUUUAUUUCUGAAGAUGAGAUGAUGUUCUGACCUGCUGUGGGUUUUAGUUCAGACAGUUUUUCUUCUGUAAUUUAAAUCCUGGUCUUUAAAGGAUUUGUUUCUCCAACUGAACUCUGUAGAUUCAGGAUUUCUUCGGUUAGAAGCAGCAGAACUGAAGGAACCUAAAGCAGGAUGAGAACGUCUAGAAGCUCAGAGAAGAUCCAACCUGCAGUAGAUCAGGUGGAGCAGACCAGGAGUGGUGCUGUUAGUCUUAAUUAUUGCCUUGGAGCUGAUGGAGGAAGCAGCUUCAUCCUUAAUUUAUUCACCUUUUAUCAUGACUCUGAUCUUCAGAUGUUUUCCACGUCUUUGUGCCAAAAUCGUGACUUUUGCGGGUUUCUUUGAUCAAACUGGUUUUACUGGUGAACAGCUUUAAUAAAAAGUUUUCACACUUCA